AUGAAGAAAGAUGGAGCCGGGGAUGCUUUCUGGUCCAGGCCUGAGUCUCGCAUCUGGACCGUGAUUCUGCUCUUGGGAACCUGCCUUCUGUACUGCACGAGGGUUGCUAUGCCCAUCUGUGCCGUCGCCAUGAGCGCUCGCUUCGACUGGGACAAGAAACAGUCGGGCCUCGUUCUCAGUAGCUUUUUCUGGGGCUACUGUUUAACUCAGGUCAUUGGAGGUCACCUGAGCGACCGGAUAGGAGGAGAGAAAGUCCUCCUCCUUUCAGCAUCCGCCUGGGGAUCCAUCACUGCCCUCACCCCUCUGCUCAUCUACCUCGGCUCUGCCCACCUCGUUCUCAUCACCAUCUCUCGGUUCCUCAUAGGACUCUUGCAAGGGGUUUUCUUUCCUGCUCUCGCCAGCUUGUUUUCCCAGAAGGUGCGGGAGAGCGAAAGAGCAUUCACCUGUAGCACAGUAGGAACAGGAUCUCAACAGCCUGGGGAGCUCCGGAUCUUCUCGGGGGAUCCAGUGGAUCUCUCCUUUCCCGGGAAGAUCUUCUCUCCUCCUGCGUCCGGGCGCACGAUCGCUGCUGCUUUCGCCCCCCCUCGGAAGAACCGCCUCGAGCUAGCCCCGCUUGCCCCUAGACUUCCUGGAAAAGUCCCAAACAGGAAGAGACGCCGCGGAAAGUGA